AUGACGGGGAAGCAGGGCUCCGUGCUGUCGGAAAGUUUAAACCUCUCGGAGAAAAGCUCCCUCCGGCCCGCGGGCAGCAGCAGCAGCCUCCAUCCGCCGAAGAGCCCCGCUGCCCCCCCGCCGCCCCGGUGCACCGGCUUCGGCAUCCAGGAGAUCCUGGGGCUCAACAAGGAGCCGUGCGCGGCCCCGAGGAGCGCGCUGGGCUCGCUGCCGGCCGGGGCGCACCUGAUCGCCGCCAGGUCCGUGCUGGGCCACGCCGGCAUGGGACUGGGACUGGGACUGGGAGUGGGGGUCGGGAUGGGAUUAAUCGGUCCUGGUGGGAUUCCGUCGUUUUACAGCCAACCCGCGUUUCUGGAGACGGUGCUGUCGGACGCAAGGGACGUUCACCUGCAGCCGCACAGCAGGUCCGCAGGCCCGCUGGACAUCAGCCAGUCCGCCAGCUCAGACUCUGAGGAUUUAUCUUCAAAUGAACGGAAACUCUCAAAGUCAUCUGUAAGUCAGAGCAAGAAACGCAAGAAAAGACGUCACCGGACCAUAUUCACCUCCUAUCAGCUGGAGGAGCUGGAGAAGGCCUUUAAUGAAGCUCACUACCCGGAUGUUUACGCCCGAGAGAUGCUGGCCAUGAAAACAGAGCUACCUGAGGACCGGAUACAGGUUUGGUUUCAGAACCGCAGAGCCAAGUGGAGGAAGAGGGAGAAGUGCUGGGGCCGCAGCACUGUCAUGGCGGAGUAUGGCUUGUACGGAGCCAUGGUGAGGCAUUCCAUCCCUUUGCCUGAGUCCAUCCUCAAGUCUGCCAAGGACGGCAUCAUGGAGUCCUGCGCUCCCUGGCUGCUCGUCCAAGAUGGCUUACCAAUCAACAGACGCAAUUCUAAAUCUGAAUACCCGCAACUCUUUGCAGGGAUGCACAAAAAGUCCAUGGAGACGGGCGUUCCCCCGGCAACAGGAAAGUGCGACGAGCCCCAGCAGCCCAGCUCUCAGAGGUCAGAGGAGGCUGAGGCGGAGGAAAAGAGGUCAGACGGCAAGCCCACCAUUUCUAAAGAGGAACUGAGAGAGAACAGCAUUGCUGCACUCAGGGCCAAGGCACAGGAGCACAGUGCCAAAGUGCUGGGGACGGUUUCUCACGACAGACUGCAGGCGGGCAAACAGGAGAGACAGGCGGCCGAGGACAACGCCACUGAUCCCCUGAGUCCAGCAGAGGAGGAGAAAAUCCAUAGAGACUGA